GUGGGGGCUGCAGGGGGGUGGCUGAGUGGGCCCAGCUGCGGUGCUGGGAGCUGCAGCCCUAUUUAAGGCCCGGCCGCAGCCUCUCACAUGAUGGGAGUGUGACUGCAGCAGCCCCGGGGAGCAGGAUGGCGCCGCUCAGGGAACGGCUGUCCCGGCUCCUCAGCCCCCACAGGGCGGGGGGCAGCGGGGAGAGCAGCCGGCUGCUGCCCCAGGCAGCCAGGCUGGUGGAGCUGCCCUACCCCUCUGAUGAUGAUGACGAUGAUGAAGGCUUGCAGCUGGGGGACGUGCACCUUUCUGUGGCCGAGCAGCACCCCGAGGAGUGGCACCCCGUCCCCCAAAAACCGGGCGCCUUCAGCCACUGCGUGCGGUACCUGGCCUUCCUCUGGAACCUCCUCUUCCUCCUGCUGGGCCUCCUGGCCCUAGGAGUGGGGGUUUGGGGGCUGCUGGCCAAGGGGUCCCUACAAGACGAGCGCCUGGCCCUGCUGGGCUCUGACCCCAUGCUGCUCUUCGUGCUGGUGGGGCUGGGGGCCAGCGCCGUGUCCCUGGCCGGCUGCCUGGGGGCCCUGCGCUCCAGCGCCUGCCUCCUGCGCUUUUUUGUGGGGGCCGUGCUGGCUUUUGUGGGGUUGGAGGUGCUGGGGGGGCUGCUGCUGCUGGCGGCGAGGCGCCGGCUGCGGGAUGCCCUGCGUGCCGCCCUGCUGCUCUGCCUGCUGCGCUACCAGCACGAGCCCGACCUGCGGCUGCUGGUGGACGAGGUGCAGCGCGCCCUGAGCUGCUGCGGGCUCCGAUCCUACCGAGAUUGGGAGAGCAACCCGUAUUUCAACUGCAGCGCCCCGGGGGUGCAAGCCUGCAGCGUGCCCUCCUCCUGCUGCCUGCAGCCGCUGCAGAACGGCUCCGUGCCCAACGAGCAGUGCGCCCGCGGGGUGCUGAGCCUCGGGGACGUGGAGGCGGCCGGCGUCGUGCACCUGGGGGGCUGCGUGGUGCAGCUCGGAGCCUGGCUCCGCAACCAGGCGGGCGGCAUCGCCAGUGGGGCGGCCGUACUGGUGCUACUGGAGGCUGCUGGGCUGCUCAUGGCGCUGAAGGUGCUCGCAGACAUCGCGCCCGGUGGCGUGCAGGGGUGAGGGGGAGCUGGCUGCCAUCACAAGUGGGGGAUGCUUAGCACGGUGGGGGGCCUCCGUGCUCUCCAUCUGCCCUUUGUUGGUGUCCAGAAUAAAGCUCUGCAGAGGCUGAGCCCCCACCGUGUCCUUAUCCCAUUAUUGCAUCCCCUCCUGCUGGAUCCCUGCACCCGUGGAAUGAGGAGACGCCUCCCAGCCCCGUCCCCGCCAACCCCACACCAUGACACCACGCUCCUGCACUCAUUUUGGGUUUUAAUGAGUAUUUUUUUCCAGGCUGUGCCCUGCUAUGCAAAGGGGGCAGCUCCUAAACAAGCAGUGCUAUGGGGUGAAUGGGCUGCGGUGGCCGUGGCCAGCCUAAAUGAUGCCGUACUGAGCCAGCUCGUGCAGCUCCAGGUGGCUGAAGGCUUCCCAAGGGCAGAUCACGGUGAUAUCUGGGGAGAAAAGAGGCUGCGUCAGCACAAAACCCACCCUGGCAGCAGCGGCUGUCCCCGCAGGGCACCUUGCUGCCCCAAUAGAUUUGGGAUCGGGACCCCGUACCUGUUCCCAGCCCUUCCAUGCCCGGGAUGUCAUCGCCGAACCUGCAAAGAAA